AUGUUUUAUCGAAAGAAACGACAAGAAGACGAACCAACAACAACAACGUCUCAAUUACCGCCCAUGUCAAACACCGAAUCGCGUGGUAGUACCGAAGACAGCAACACGCUAAUGCCUCCAUCGCACGAUUCCCGAUCCACGAACGAUUCAGAGGAAGCACCAAUGCAUGGAGAACGCAUGUCGACGUUGCCAUUGCCAUCCAUGCCUUGGGUAGAGAACGAGCUUAUCGAUGAGAAGCGACCCAUAGCAGCAACAUCAACAACACCUGCAACAACCGCGGCAUCGAGUGCACUAUUGAACAAGGCAUUACCAAGCACACCACCUCUAUCUCCAUCAUCAUCUACAUCCGAGACAUUGGCACGCAACAAUAGUACACGAAGCAGCAAUAGUAGUCAUGGUAUGACAGCAACGGGUAUCAAGAUGGACAUUCAAGAUAUCUCAUCAGGCCCGCCUAUCAUCCCUCGUAGCAAGACACCGCCGCCCCUGUUACCCCUUGUGGAAACUGAAUUGCAGCAACGAAAGGAGAAGAUGAUCAUCAACUCAAAAACCAUCUUUGAUUCCGACGAUGACGAAGAAUACGAUGAGGAGGAUGAAGCUGGUCUCUUUUUCAAAGACUUUUCUCCAGACGCUCCUCGUCUUUCUACUGUUCUCAACAAGAAAAAGCGUGCUUCAAGAAAGGCUUCUUCCAAAAAAGCAACCACUCGCAUGAGCAAGUUUGAUUUGCUGUCAUUCGCCAAUCAUCUGCACGACAACCGGUUAUCAGUGAUGCAGUUGCGUGAGAGUCGCAUUGCUCUUACCGAAGAGGAUGAGCAAGAAUUAAUCAAGCUGCUCGAGAAACGAAAGAGUAUGGCCAAUAGCGUUCAUCAAAUGCCAUUGCCAAGCGACGAGUCUAUCCCAGCUGUACCACCAUUGCCUGACAACGCCGACAAAGAGCAUGAAGGUGAUGAUGAUGAUGCACCUGUUGAAUCAUCCACGUCUACAACACAGGAAGAGAACAAGGAACAGAAUGCUGUUGAUGAUGCUGAUGGCUUGCACAAAGACAUUGAUGAGCAACAAGCCGAGAAAAAAGAGGAGGAGAAUGAUACUGCAUCACCAUCAUUGGAUACUACGCCAAAAGCACCAUUGGAGGAACCAACAGCAUCUUUAUUAAUCGAGAAGGAAGUUUCACGCAAGCGACGAGUGCGCAAGUCAAUGAGUAUGGAUGAGAUACAUCGUAUGCAACAAGCACAAGAAGAAAAGACGUUGAUAGAAAUGGAGCCCAUUCAGGAGGUAGAACCAAGUUUAUCGUCAUCAUCCACUCACAAAUCAAGCAACAACAACAACAAAGGCGAUAGCAAGGUUGCACCACCCAACAUUACAAUCAAACCAUCCACGUCAACACCAUCGAUCAAAUCCAGGCACAGUGAAUCACCAAAGCCGUCUCCUCGUAACAAGGCCAUUGGAUUGUUUGGCAGCCUCCGGCAGGCGAGUCGAGCUACACCUUUGCGAGGGUUGGUACGCAAUUUGAGCACCAAUGCUUCACGUCUUAGUCGACAAGCAUCCUUUACACGUUCAAGUACAUCCAACACCUUUAACACCAAGUUUGCAUCAUCCUCUCGAGCAACAUUGGCAACUCAAAAUGGCGAAGAUUUAUCACCAGCAGCUAGAGCUGUGAUGCAACACAAUGAUAAACAACAACGCAAAAAAGACAACAAAAAGAACAAUGUUGAGGAACAACAACAACAACAGCAACCACAAGAGGAUUCACCCAAAAAGAGUCGCCUACUUACCCAUUUGCUGGCCAAAGCGGGUAAAGCACGCCGUACAAAGACCGUCAACAUGGCAUCAUCUUCUUCCACCUCCACAGCAAACAAACGUCGAGACAAGACCAAGUCAAAGAUCGUGCGUCGUACCAUCAUUUAUGUUCCUCCUGAUUCGCUCAAUUUUAUGAAGAACCUUGAAAAGGGUGACAUCGACACAUCCAAAACACCUACUUCAGCAGGAGGAGCUCAAAAUGAGUUAUCAGCUAUGCCACCUCUGCCUAACGACAUGAUGAAACGAAUUCAACAAUACAACAAUGGAGAAGAAGAAAGUGGCAAUCCAUCAGAGGACCAACAACAACACCAUGAUGAGUUGGAUAGCGUGCUCAAUUAUUACGAUGAUGAGAGCUUAUACGAUUAUUAUCGCAAUCGAGAAUCCAGUGUGCCACAGUUGGAAGGAUUGGAGCUCCGAGAAAUGGAUGAUGGGACAGUCGAAUGGGGCAUUGUAAAGAAACAAGGCAAUCGCAAGAGCUUUUUCGCUGCUCACGGGAUGAGCGUCUCUUCCUCAGCUGAACAACAUGGUACAACGACACCAACCACUUCCGAUGUGGCUCAUGAGAUGAUGGAAGAAGAAGACGACGAGGAAGACGAGGAAAAGAUUGAAGAACAUGUAUUGCGCCUCAUGGGACUACCGGUACCAGCAACAUCAUCAUCACCCAAAGAUGCUCAGCUUAACAACACCCAAUCAUCACCCCCUCCAGUACCACGACGAUCUCCUAGACGACGUAUGGAGAGUCAACAACAACAUGAGGACGACGAGCAGGAUCAUCGUCGAGCCAAGCAUAUUUCCACGAUUCAUUCUCGAAAGGAUGCAUCUACCACCGAUGUCUAUUUUGCACCACAGCAAACUUUACCCAGCCUUUUGCAAAUGAUUGCCAAUACCUCUGGAGGUGAUGAUGGCGACCAUGAGCAAGAAAAGAAACAUGCAUCAGUGGAAGAACAGCUAGAUGAAGUCAUGCGAUCGUUUCAACCACCUACCCCUGUACACUGA